AUGUUUUUUGCUAUGCUUUUGUGUCUCACAUACUCACUUCAUUUUUCAAUUCAAAGUCCAAUAUUGAGUCCCUUCAGUACAACACAGCGUGAGAAUGAGGAUAAAAACAGCUCAACUAAUAGUGAUGAUUGGAGUACAGCUGCCAGUACACAUGUUGUUGGUAUAUUACCAAUGCUAUCCACUGAAUCCAUUUCACUUGUCAUCACUACCCCAGAAACAGAAACAGUGAGCUUUACAGUUAGUUCCCUCACCCAAACAAUAGCUAAGGGCUCAGUUACUGCUGGCACACCAACAACUAUCAGUGACAUUCUUGUGCUUUAUAUAAGUAAACUCCAUUCUUUUACAGGCUGUUUUCUACUCUGUGAAGUUAAUUAUGCACUUGACGCUGCUACUUGUACUUGUGUCCUACAGAAUACAUGUCAAGGAAAUAAUUGCACUGAAUCAAGCUUUGCUGCCCCAAAUAUAUCAGCUCUUGUAUCAUAUGUGGCUGUGCUGAAUGGCUCAAGUGUAACACUGAGAUGUGUGUUACAUCAUGCUGGGAAUCCUGGGGCUACCAUCCAAUGGACAUUUGAUAGAUCAGUAAUCACUAAUGAUUCACUGUUUCUCAUAAGUGAGGGCUCAACCAGGCUAGAUAUUACUAAUAUUACUACCUCUUAUUCUGGAGCAUAUCAUUGUAAUGCUUCUAAUGUUGCUGGAGCUUCAGUGGCUACAAUCAAUGUUGAUGUACAAGAGCCACCAUAUUUCAUAGCUACUCCACCGCACAACGUAUCAGUAAGAUAUGAUAAUGCUAUUACAUUAAACUGUUCAUCUGGUGGAGUACCUUUACCAAAUAUCACUUGGUUCAAGGAUGGUAUAGUUAUACCUACUGAUCAGUAUACCAGUAGUAAUCAAUCAGAUACACUCAUUACUAUGCUCACUGUUGUGGGAUCAUUAACUUCACAUGGAUACUAUACUUGUCAAGCAGUCAAUGAUCUAGUUGAGAGGAGAAUCAUAAACACUUCAGUGAAUGCUACUGUUUUUGAACCUAUAAGUUAUGUUGGGAGUACAAGCAAUGUAACUCUAAACCAGUCAGAUACUUUUAGUGUCAUUUGUAGCUUCUCUGGUUUUCCCUUGCCUGUUGUUUCCUGGUACUUUCUAAAUAACUUUACUUAUCUCAGUAACAACAGUAGAGUCUCCAUUACCACUUCUAGUGAAGAGAUUAUUGUAACUUCAACUCUGACGAUAAGGAAUGUAGAUAAAUCAACUGAUGAAGGAAUUUACCACUGUAUUGGUUCCUCUUCAUAUACUGCCUACAUAUCCUUAUGCAUUGUUUGUAACAAUAGCUGUGAAGCUGGUUAUACUCUAAACACUACUAUCUGUACUUGUUCACUAUCAAAUAUAUGUGAGCUGAGUCCUUGUCAGAAUGGAGGUAGUUGUACACUUGUUUCAGCUCCUUCUAAUUACACCUGUGAUUGUACCGAUACUGACUAUGUAGGAAUUAAUUGCACUGAAUUCAACUAUAUUGUCCCAAAUAUUUCUGUUCCUGUAUCAUAUAUUGCUUUGUUGGCUGGCUCAAGUGUAUCACUGAGAUGUGUCCUAAAUGAGGUUGGGAAUCCUAAGGCUACAAUCCAAUGGACAUUUGCUGGAUCAGUAAUCACUAAUAAUUCACUGUUUCUCAUAACUGAGGGCUCAACCAGGCUGGAUAUUACUAAUAUUACUACCUCUUAUUCUGGAGCAUAUCAUUGCAAUGCUUCUAAUGUUGCUGGAUCUUCAGUGGCUAGAAUCAAUGUUGAUGUACAAGAGCCUUCGUUUUUCAUAGUUACUCCACUACACAAUGUAUCAGUAAGAUAUAAUGAUUCCAUUACAUUAAACUGUUCAUCUGGUGGAGUACCUUUACCAAAUAUCACUUGGUUCAAGGAUGGUAUAGUUAUACCUACUGAUCAGUACACCAGUAGUAAUCAAUCAGAUACACUCAUUACUAUGCUCACUAUUGUGGGAUCAUUAACUUCACAUGGAUACUAUACUUGUCAAGCAGUCAAUGAUCUAGUUGAGAGGAGAGUCAUAAACACUACUGUGAAUCUUACUGUUUUUGAGCCUCUUAGUUAUGUUAGGACUGAUCCUCCUUCAAGCAGUAUAACUUUGAAUCAAUCAGAUACCUUUACUGCCGAUUGUAGCUUCUCUGGUCUUCCCUUGCCUGUUGUGUCCUGGUACUUUCUAAAUAACUUUCUCAGUAACAUUGGUAGAGUCUCUAUUACUACUGAUACUCAAGAAAUUACUGUUACUUCAACUCUGAGAAUAAGAAAUGUUAAAAAAUCAACUGAUGAAGGAGUUUACCACUGUAUUGGUAUUCAAGCCUCUACAUAUAAUGUUUCUAAAUCCUUAUACAUUGUUUGUAACAAUAGCUGUGAAGUAGGUUAUACACUCAAUACUACUACCUGUACUUGUUCACUAUCAAAUAUAUGUUUACUGAGUCCUUGUCAGAAUGGAGGUAGUUGUACACUUGUUUCAGCUCCUUCUAAUUACACCUGUGAUUGUGGUAGUGACUAUGUUGGAUUUAAUUGCACUGAUUUCAACUAUAUUGUCCCAAAUAUUUCCGUUCCUGUAUCAUAUGUUGCUUUGUUGGCUGGUUCAAGUGUAACACUGAGAUGUGUCCUGAAUGAGGUUGGGAAUCCUAAGGCUACAAUCCAAUGGACAUUCGCUGGAUCAGUAAUCACUAAUAAUUCACUUUUUCUCAUUACUGAGGGCUCAACUAGACUGAAUAUUACUAGCAUUACUACCUCUUAUUCUGGAGCAUAUAACUGUAAUGCUUCUAAUGUUGCUGGAGCUUCAGUGGCUACAAUUAAUGUUGAUGUACAAGAGCCUUCAUAUUUCAUAGUUACUCCACCACACAAUGUAUCAGUAAGAUAUAAUAAUUCCAUUACAUUAAACUGUUCAUCUGGUGGAGUACCUUUACCAAAUAUCACUUGGUUCAAGGAUAGUAUAGUUAUACCUAUUGAUCAGUAUACCAGUAGUAAUCAAUCAGAUACACUCAUUACUAUGCUCACUGUUGUGGGAUCAUUAACUUCACAUGGAUAUUACACUUGUCAAGCAGUCAAUGAUCUAGUUGAGAGGAGAGUCAUAAACACUACAGUGAAUGUUUCUGUUUUUGAGCCUCUUAGUUAUGUUGGGAUUGAUCCUCCUUCAAGCAGUAUAACUUUAAACCAGUCAGAUACCUUUACUGCCAAUUGUAGUUUCUCUGGUCUUCCCUUGCCUGUUGUGUCCUGGUAUUUUCUAAACAAGUUUCUCAGUAACAUUGGUAAAGUCUCUAUUACUACUGAUACUCAAGAUAUCACUGUAACUUCAACUCUGAGAAUAAGGAAUGUUAAGAAAUCAACUGAUGAAGGAGUUUACCACUGUAUUGGUAUUGAAGCCUCUACAUAUAAUGUUUCUAAAUCUUUAUACAUUGUUUGUAACAAUAGCUGUAAAGCUGGUUAUACCCUAAACACUACUACCUGUACUUGUUCCUUAUCAAAUAUAUGUGAACUGAGUCCUUGUCAGAAUGGAGGUAGGUGUACACUUGUUUCAGCUCCUUCUAUUUACACCUGUGAUUGUACUGGUACUGACUAUGUAGGAAUUAAUUGCACUGAAUUCAACUAUAUUGUCCCAUAUAUUUCAGUUCCUGUAUCAUAUGUUGCUUUGUUGGCUGGUUCAAGUGUAACACUGAGAUGUGUCCUGAAUGAGGUUGGGAAUCCUAAGGCUACAAUCCAAUGGACAUUUGCUAGAUCAGUAAUCACUAAUAAUUCAUUGUUUCUCAUAAAUGAGGGCUCAACCAGGCUAGCUAUUACUAAUAUUACUACCUCUUAUUCUGGAGCAUAUCAUUGUAAUGCUUCUAAUGUUGCUGGAACUUCAGUGGCUACAAUCAAUGUUGAUGUACAAGAGCCACCAUAUUUUAUAGCUACUCCACCACACAAUGUAUCAGUAAGAUAUAAUAAUGCUAUUACAUUAAACUGUUCAUCUGGUGGAGUACCUUUAUCAAAUAUCACUUGGCUCAAGGAUGGUAUAGUUAUACCUACUGAUCAGUAUACCAGUAGUAAUCAAUCAGAUACACUCAUUACUAUGCUCACUGUUGUGGGAUCAUUAACUUCACAUGGAUAUUAUACUUGUCAAGCAUUCAAUGAUCUAGUUGAAAGCAGAAUCAUAAACACUUCAGUGAAUGUUACUGUUUUUGAACCUCUUAGUUAUGUUGGGAGUGUCCCUCCUUCAGUCAAUGUAACUCUGAACCAGUCAGGUACCUUCACUGCAUAUUGCAGGUUUUCUGGUCUUCCCUUGCCUGUUGUGUCCUGGUAUUUUUUAAAUACCUUUCUCACUAACAACAGUCGAGUCUCCAUUAUCACUUACAGUGAAGAUAUUACUGUAACUUCAACUCUGAUAUUAAGGAACAUAAGUAAAUCAACUCAUGAAGGAGUUUAUAACUGUACUGGUUUCCAAUCUUACACCAACUUAUAUCGUGUUUACAAAUACUUAAAUAUUGUUUGUAACAAUAGCUGUGAAGCUGGUUAUACUCUAAACACUACUACCUGUACUUGUUCACUAUCAAAUUUAUGUGAACUGAGUCCUUGUCAGAAUGGAGGUAGUUGUACACUUGUUUCAGCUCCUUCCAAUUACACCUGUGAUUGUACUGGCACUGACUAUCAGGGAAUUAACUGCACUGACUUCAAUUAUAUUGUCCCAAAUGUUUCAGUUCCUGUACUAUAUGUGGCUGUAUUGAGUGGCUCAAGUGUAACACUGAGAUGUGUUUUGAAUGAGGUUGGGAAUCCUAAGGCGACGAUCCAAUGGACAUUUGCUGCAUCAGUAAUCACUAAUAAUUCCCUGUUUCUCAUAACUGAGGGCUCAACCAGGCUGGAUAUUACUAAUAUUACUACCUUUUAUUCUGGAGCAUAUCAUUGUAAUGCUUCUAAUGUUGCUGGAGCUUCAGUGGCUACAAUCAGUGUUGAUGUACAAGGUUUGUAUUAGACCUGGGAUUUAGUUAGUUAGCCCGGAAUAGACAGAAUUAGAAUUAAAAUUAGACCUUAUUCUGAUAUGUUUUACAUAAAACAGACACAUAUGGUUUAUUCUAAAACAGCAGUUCAGCUCUCUUAAAAAUAAUAAAAUAGUUGUCACCAAAAAGCACACUUCAUGAGCUGACAAGCACCGUAUACUAGAGUUGCAAGGCUUUUGGAGUAAAAAAUUUUACAAUCCAUAGAAACAUAAUUUUGAUUGAAAUCAGCAAACUAGGUAUACAACAUCAAAACUUGUAUCCCAAAAUUUUUAAAUGGAA